AUGAUUGUGUGCUCCCGAGGCCGCCUCAGCAGCAUGAAGAAGAAGAAGAAGAAGAAGAAGAGGAGAAGGAAGGAAUUGGUUUUUAGUUUUCCAGAUUGUUACCCUUCUCAGGAAAAAAAGAAGAGGAGUUUUGAAGAUUGUAACCAUUUGAAACAAUGUGGUUAUGUAUACUACUUCAUGAUGGGAACUGAAGAUAAAACGCUGCUUUGUUACUGCCACUGGGGCAGAAAGAAUAAGGUGUUACCAGAUGGAUCCAUUUCGUAUACGCGAGGUAUUACUGAUCAGAUUAUUAUUAGCACAGGCAUAAAGUACAAUGAUUUUGUGAAUGCAGUUUUUGGCCGAUUAGUCAUUGAUCCUUCAGAUAAGAUCUUGCAUUUUACAGUGAAGUUUGAUAGGUCCGAAUUAAUACGGCUGAGGGACCAAGAAGGUGUCGAUACCCUGUUACAAUUUAAUGAUAGUUUUGCUCAUGUUUAUGCAUCAAGUUUGGAGGAGGAGCCUAACUCUGUACCGCCAUCAGGUGGUGCCAAAAAAGUUGAACUUAUUGUUUAUUCUAAUUCAAAACCAGAUAAAACUCCUGCAUGUGAUGAUGAAAAUGAUUUGGCAAGCCUUCUGAAGAAGGCACGGUCUAACCAGUCAACUGGAGACAGCAAAUCUCUGAAGAAAGCAUGGGCUCACCAGUCAGCUGGAGAUAGUAAACCUCAGCAGAAAGAAGAUGUUGGCGGUGAUAAUCAAAGACAUGCAUGUGCAGCUAGACCGUGCAGUAAUUCUGUGGAAAGAUUAAAUCAAAAUGGAUUGGGCUGUCCUGAAAGGGAUGUGCAAACCAACAAUUUUAAAAUUGGGACUGUUAAUGGACAGGCCUCCAGACCGCCAUCAGGGGGUGCAAAAAAUAUUGAACUUCUCGUUGAUUCUGAUUCCGAACCAGAUACCAUUUCUGAUAGUAAUCCUGCACUGGUGUAUGAUUAUCCUGAUCCUGAAUUCAGUGAUUUUGACAAGCACAAAGCAGAAAAUCGCUUUGCAAUUGACCAAAUCUGGGCUUGCUAUGAUACGGAGGAUGUUGGCUCGAGGCUCAUCCAGAAGAUCAAGGAGGCAGAGCUUGGGUCAGGGCAGAGUUGCCUGUUGGCUGUGGGAAAUUUAAACGUGGGUGUACUGAUUCCACUUCUGAUCGACUUACAUUUUCUCAUCAAGUUCAGUGCGAGAUGGGCAAGAGAGGUUUGUACCCAUAGGAAGUACAAGUAUGAAGUUGUGGAGAUUCUUUCUGAUUAUGUUGGAGAUGUUGGUGUCCAAGUUGGUUACUUAGGUAAAGUUACUGGAUUUGUUAGCCUUUUCCAGCGAACAAUGCUGACUGAAGGUGUACCUGCGGGAUCGUUUGAACUUCAUCCUUAUUCUCUUCCCCUCAAUCCCAAUGAUAUUUGGUACCCGGGGAAAGGUAAGGAAGGCAGCAGGACUGCAAAUUCUGAACCUGUAGAAAAUCUUCUGCCUGAAGUUCCUCUUGGAACUAGAGAUGAGUCCAGGAAUGCAACGCCAUCUCCUAAAUCAAGGGACUUGAAUGGCAUCCAUGCUACUGAUGGAGAGUCUGCUAAGGUUCGAAUAUCUCCUAAGGAAGUGAACAUCUCUAAGAAAAAGCGAACUCAGAUGAGCUCUCAUUCUGCCAAUGACAGUCCUUCCAGUGAUUUUGACGAUAAUUAUGUUAAAAAAUGCCGUCACUCAAGUCCCAGCAUACCAUCUCAUUUGUCAUGUCAAGCUGAUAAAGAGUUGCACUCGCGCAUACAGAGCUUUGGUCUCAGCAACUCCUUUGGAAGCUCAAAGAGUCCAAUAGCUUUGUCAGCCUAUGACAGUCCUUACUUUGAUUUUUUUGAUAAAAUUGUUAAAGAAAGCCGUUACUCAAGUCACAGCUUACCAAUCCAUUUGUCAUGUCAAAUUGAUAGAGAGUUGCACUCGCGCAUACAGAGCUUCGGUCUCAGCAACUCCUUUGGAAGCUCAAAGAGUCCAAUAGCUUUGAAAGUUUCGAGUAGAUCAGUCUCUAAUAAUAGGUUUGGGUUUGUAAUCUAUCCAAGAAAAGGAGAGAUUUGGGCACCGUACAAGAACUGGAAAAAAUCAGGUUUAGAUCCAGACAAGUUGGAGUAUGAGAUAGUCGAGAUCAUUGAGAAUUCAAUAGACGGGAUAAUAGUUUCAUCCAUGGUGCGUGUGAAUGGUUUCAAGUCAGUCUUUGCGUGUCCAGGAAAGCAAAGAUCGAAUUCUGUUAUUCUAGAAAUAAAGAAAGAUGAGUUGGGGAGAUUGUCUCAUCAGAUUCCUGCAUUUCAGCUGACUGGGGAAAAAGGAGGGGUUUUGAGAGGCUGCUGGGAGCCUGAUCCUGCUUCAGUACCGUGUUCUCUAUGA